GAAACAGCUAGUCCGGGUCCGUGAGGUUCGCUGGCCGUUGAAUUGUUGCGCCGCGGUCAGAGUCGUUCCAAUUACGGCGUCGAACGGUCAGACGGAAGCUGGUGCGAGUCCAAUUGGCGAGAGGCGAGUGCGUACGGGAACCAGUGCUUGUUGUGCUCCGGGUCGAGUUUAUUGAAUGAAAUUGCGAGUGAUUGAGUGAAUUGACUACGUACGGUGCGGGCAGGUUGGCGUGAACGGCGGUGCAUGCGGACGCGAUUGUUGUGCCAGUGACUGUGCAUUUGCUCAAGAUUUGCGGGGCCCCGACAGCCGCGCCGUCGUCCUCCCUUGCAUGGUUUGCUAGCAACGCGACUUAUAUAACUGAACGGGUCCAGCUGCUGACCGACUUCCUGCUGAACGUCGGGAGUGCCAGCGUGAAUAUGACGUGGGAACACCUGAAGCCGGGCAGCUCGCCCGUGGACUGGUGCGAGGGCAACUACAAGAUCUCGAACAACAUCGCUGAGUUCGUCAACACGUUCAGCAAUGUUCUAUUCGUCCUACUGCCGCCUAUUCUAAUUCAUCUAUUCAAAGAAUACGCACGCCUUGUAAAUCCAGGAAUUCAUGUGAUUUGGGUACUUUUAAUUAUUGUCGGAUUAAGCUCAGCUUACUUCCACGCCACACUGAGCCUUAUUGGACAACUGCUCGAUGAAUUGGCAAUUCUAUGGGUUUUCAUGGCCGGAUUCUCGUUAUUCUUUCCCCAGAGAUUAUUUCCCAAGUAUUGUCGUGGCAAUCGGAAGGAAUUUGCCAAGUUGAUGUUCUACUUUGCACUCGGUGGGACGUUUCUGUCAGUGUGGAAGCCGAUUAUCAACGCUUUUGCACUAAUGGCACUAGGGAUUCCUACUAUGAUGUUGCUGUAUAAGGAGCUUCAGAGAGUCAAGUGUCCACGAGUUCGUCGUCUUGGAAUACGCUGCACCGCUGUCUGGUUGGUAGCUGUCUUCUGCUGGAUCAACGAUCGUAUGUUCUGUGAUACAUGGUCUGCAAUAAAUUUCCCCUACUUGCAUGGAUUCUGGCAUAUCUUCAUUUUCAUAGCCGCCUACACGGUAUGUGUACUAUUUGCAUAUUUCGCUGUUGAAAGUGAGAAACCACAAAAGAUUCCAGUAUUGAAAUAUUGGCCGAAAAAUUCAUUUGAAUUCGGCAUCCCAUAUAUUUCGAUCAAGCACUCAACUGAAGAGAAAAAGGGUGACAUUUGAAAAGUUGCCAUAACGAAAAAAAAAUGGUUGUUGAGAAGUAAGUUUUAAGCUUUAAAAAAAAAGAUUGUUAACUAAAGAUAACAUGAACAUAUAUCCGAGAUAUUGAAAGAUAGAAACCGUUGAAAGACAUUUUAGAUUUUAGUAUAUUUUGGACUAUUAUAUAGAUUCAAAUGUUUCGUAGGUGAUGUUGAAUUUGAACAAUAAGAUAUGAAAUUAAAAGUUUAUUUAGAGAUAUAGAUAUUAACGGUUGUAGAAUCAAGUCUGGAAUGCGAUUUGCCUUAGAAAAUUCCGAAAUUUUAAUGAAUCAUAGGGACAAGGAGUUGAUUUGAUCUGGAAUCUGCAAAGGACGCCUUCAUUCCACUUCUAGAUUGGCUUAGCCUCGUUUCAAAAGAAGGGUCUGGACGGUGCCGGGGCUAUAAGUUGAUAAUUGCUUUCACGGACCCAUUCUCAGAAACUACGUAACUGCAAAAUCUGUCUGCAGCGUCGAGGUUUUUAACACUUUCUCCACAAAAGUCUUCUGCUUUCGAAAAUACCGAAGGAAAGGCAAUAUCCACUUUUUUGAGUCCAUCCUCAAAUGGGUAAGAGGGAGUGUUUUGUGCUGCGUGUUUCACGUAUGGUAUACAAGAUGAUUUGCCCAUCACAUUCAUGACAUUCAAAUCCAAAUCAGAAGGAGUGUAGGCUUUUCGGGAAAACGUCCAGAGAGCUGAAAUCCAUUUUAUCGAAUCGGUAUCUCCUUUCGGGGAUACCGACUAGCAUAUAGGAAUCUAUCCAUCAAUCUCAGGGCUUUAUCAAAGUUUCAUUUGCUGAUUGACCAUUGUAGAUUGUUUUCGCAUGAUUCGGAGGUUCUUCUUGGUGAGAGUUAAAUAGUCCUUUGCGCACUUGAGUUCAUAUCCUCCAUUAAGCAUCGUGGACUGCUCCAUUCCUGGUAGGAUCACCCAGUAAAGAUGUUCCUGCUCCAUUCUUGGACAGUUCGUCUGCUGCCUGAUUGCCUUUCAACCCAACAUGGCUUGCGCGCCAGACUAUUCAGAUCUUGUUGAGCGAGUCGAGCAUAUUCAGUCUCCCAUGCCUGAUCGCUGCUUGGCUGUCAGUCUUCCCUCUAGUUCCUUUGGAGGUUAAAGGAGCCACGUCUGUUUAUUGCGUAUAUUUCUGCCUGGAAUAUGCUAGUGUGCUUACUGAUUGGCUCCAAGCACAUUUUCCUUGGACCAAUGACUCCGGCACUCGCUCUCUCUGCUUGGAGGGAUCUGUCAGUGUAUCAAGUAAUAAGUUGGUUUAAGUCGUAUGUCACAGCCACGCUCUCCCAGGUUGCUUUGCUACUCCAACGUGUUUCAAACAUCUUAUCGAAGUGAAACCUCGUUGUAAUGUUAUCCCUUGGUAUCAAAAAUAUCGAUUUAGGCAACACCCCGCCUCACUGAUAUUCUCGGCCAUCCUGAAAAUUGCCCCCCGUGCCUACAUCUGUAUGUUCAGAUGGGGAAGGGUUAAUCCCGCAAGGACAACCAGAGAUACCGUUGGGCAUGUCGUGAUUGUUCCAGUGAUACACACGCAAGUUAGUCUUUGGAAUUUGUGUAACUCCUUGGCUUGUGUGUGGAGUUCAGUUUUUUCUACUCAGAUUACCACCCCAUAAAUAUUCAUUGGUCUUACUAUUGCAGUGUAUAUCCAAAGUAGUAUCUUCGAGGUGCAUCUCCAUUUUUUCCUGUUAUGGACCUGACCCGACACGGUUUUCCGACAUGCGUCUUCCAGAGUAAUUUUUGGUCUAGCAUAAUUCCCAAAUAUUUGACCUCUGUUUCCAGUUUCACCUCCAUGUCAUGUAACCUUUGGCUCUCAGGUUAUCAAGCGUAAAUACCCAUAUCCAGAGAAGGAUUGCGUCAUGAGGUAGUUUAUGUCGCUGAAAUCUAUCCGGGCUCAUUUUUUACACUGGGGAUUAGUUUGGCAGUUCAUUUGUCACUACAAUUUGCAUAUCAUAGCUCCUGCCAUUUUUGGCCUCAUUUCGUGCCUUAGUUAACCUACCUCUUGGAGUUUUUCCUUUUUCGGCGUUCCAGAUUUUUUUUUAGGUGGAUCUAAUGUGGGAUUCGCACCCACUAAAAAAGCACUCCCACCUCUCUCCUGUCCUUGUCCCACGAGAGCACCAUGUAGGCAUUACUUCGCGAGGCGGGCUUGCCUUCCGUAGGCUUUCAUGUUUCCAACUCUGCAGUCUUUCGCUCCUUUGCUUCCUUCAGCAGCUGCAUUCUGUCUUUAGGGUACAGCCUCUCCAUUUCUUUGCGUUUCUCUCAGGAGUUGGGUUUGUAUCCGCUCAAUUGUGUGGAUGACCGAAGUCCAGUUUACCUCCGACCUGAGGAUUUCCCGAAUUGAGUUUUGGGGGGUUCACCCCGACUGCCAGGGCCUCGCUCAGGCUUCUUCUCUCCUGUAAGAUCCUACGACAUUUGUAACAGUUCGGGAAAUCAUCCACACCGAAACGAUGCAGAUACGUUCGGUAGUAACCACCGUGUCCAGUGAGAAACUACGUGAGGUGAUAGUUCGCCUCCCCGUGUCGUCGGUCAAGCCAUUCCCUAAUAUCAGAAAUAAGCUUGUAUGUCCACCGACCUUCUUUUGCCACUCGCCGGUGAUCUGCUUCCGUUCCUGAUGGACGCGCCUGUCUCCGUCCAUACAGGCACCGCAUCUCUCUCGCUAACAUGUCAAUAGGGACCAUCCCUGCGCUUACGAACACCGCAUUAUCCGAAAUAGUUCGAAAUGCGCUCUAUAUGCUUAGUGCAAUCAGACAAUAGGCAGAAUUUAUCUUCCUCUAGUUCUAUACGUCGUCCAGGCCACGCGUUCAACAAUUUGGACCACAGGACCCCAGUUAUCAGCAGCCCGCUACAGUGUUUUGGCCCACCUACGUUCGGCAUCAUCCUGGCAAGUGCCGUGGUGGCUUUUGCAACUUUUUCACAGGCGUACAAUGUAUGCCCUUUAAAACUCAGUCUGGCAUCGAGAGGCACUCCAAGGAAUUUGAUGAUCGGCUUUGAGAAGAUCACAUGGUUUCCAACCCGCAGACUGAUCGUAUAUCUUCGAUUUGUAAUGAGGAUUGCCUCAGUCUUUCCCUCCGCCAGGCUCAGUCCGGCUCCCUCAAGCUAGGACCUUACCGCCAUGACCGAUUCGGUGGUGUAAACUUGCACAUCCUCCGAGAGUUUUGCACCGAUCACUGUGGCCAGGUCAUCUUCAAAACCGACCAACGUGGCCCCCUCUGCUACGGGAAGAAAGAGCACCUCGUUAUACAUCACGUUGCAGUGCAGAGGUACCACCUCUGUAAUGAUGUAUGCAUUGGCCCCUUCGUUCCUCAUGUACUAAAGAGCUGUCUCUGACAGGUAAGUCUCGCUUAGCUUAGCUAAGUAACCAAUUGCAUUAAUUUUGGCAAAUGACUCCUUAAUGCGGCCCCAGUUGGUGGACUUGAAUGCAUUUUUUACAUUCACUUUCACCACACCACAGCACUUGCCUCUCAAGCCAAGUCCACCACUCUUCCCAUCGCGCCAACAGUCGAGCGAGCUUUCCAGAAACUAUAUUGUUCAUCCAUUUCCGUCGCCCACGAUUGAAAGCAAUCUAACGUAGAUGAUGCGCUCUAACAUCUUCCCCAUAGUUUCCAACAAAGAGAUAGGUCAAUAGGAUGCUGGGUCCCCCGGUGGUUUGUCGAGUUUCGGCAACAACACCAGUUUUUGCCUUUUCCAUUGUGGAGGAAAUAGGCCUUCCGCCAUGCACGCCUCGAAGGUAUUUAUGAACCAAUCGGGUCUGGUUCCCACCGCUAGGUUAGCUUCAUUAAGGAUACUGUCCAAACCCAGGGCCUUGCUACCGCCGAUCCUUCCGCAGAACUGUCGAGCUUCCUCGGUAACGCGAGGUAUUACACCCACCUCGAAUUGGGCCUCCGUUUGAUACCUGCUCCCCAUGUGGUGAGGGAAGAGCGUGGUUACAAUUUUUUGUAGAAGCCGUGGACAGGUCACCUGAGGCAACCUUUGCCUCUGCAGCUUCUUCAUAACCAGCCUGUAUAUUAGCAUCCACACACAGUCGCUUAAAGCAAUCUUUUUCUUCCUACGAAUGGCCUCCUUUAUUCUACCACGCAACGUCCUAUAAUCUCGUUCGCGCUUAUCGUGAUUAGGUCUUCCCCUGGAUCGCUGGAACUGCCUUCUUGCUCGAUGGCAUGCCGAUUUUAGCUCCGCGAUAUCGCUAUUCCACCAAUAGGUUGGCUGUUUGCUUGCAAACUCUCGCCUCCGCGUGAUUCUCGAUGCCAUUUCAGUCGCCGUGCCAUUCAGGUCGUCGAGUUCAAGAGAAUGUAUCUUGCUCGUCGUCCAGCCCGCUUUCUGCGAGCAUUCAACGGGCCACUUGGCCCACCAGCGACUUUAAUGAAGAUCGCUAUGGGUGUAAUGCUCACUGAUAUACUAGGCGGUUCCCCUUGCCAAUGCGGUGCUCACGUACGUGAGGUCGACGAUAAAGCCCAGGCCUCUCCCUCUGAACGUAAAAGAGUUCCCAACAUUAGCAAGUACAACAUCCAACUCGGCAGACGCCUCGAGCAGGAUAGGUCUCGUUUGUCCUUCGACUACCGCACUCACAGGCCCAGGCAUUAAAGUUACCUGCUGUGAUUUUCGGGGUAUGAUUCCUUACGUCCAGCACCAAAUGGUGCAGUAUUUCCCCGUACUGCGCACGUGUUGCGCUAGGAGAAGCAUAACAGCUGUAGACAUGAAUUCCGUCCAACUUUGCUCUCACGAAAGCAGCUUUCGGACGUCGCAUAACUUUCUGAAUGGCCUGCCCACCGCACGCCCACAUCGCUGCUUUACCGGUUUGGUCCCUGGUCUAGACACCAUUACCGUAGUUGCGAUAGGGUUCACAAAUAAUGGGAACGUAAAUUUCCUUCCCUCGGAUGAUCCGUGAGAUAAGGUCUUGCGCCGCCUCACAGUUGUUGAGAUCGAUUUGAAUCAAUCUCAUUUGGGCUUGGUAUUUAGUGCUCUCCUGAACCCUGGACAUCUGCUACUGCCAGUAAUAUGUCGGUUGUCGAUGUCCUCAUUUCUUUCGCACAGCAUGCAUUUCGGGUCAGCUGUGCACUCCUUGUCGAUAUGUUCAUCUCUUCCGCACUUUCUGCGCCACUUUGAUCUAUCGUGGGCGCUGGUGCAUGCUGCGGCUAUGCGCCCAAAAUCCAUCUUUUCAUGUCCACUCGCUCUCUGAGUCGACAGUUGACCCAGCCUAUCUUGACUCUGCCCGCCGCUAGUAUUUUUUACGCUGUCUCUGCUGGCAGACUGAUAAUUGCACUCCGCGUCCCCCCAUAAACCUUUCGCAUCGAUUUGACUGCCGAUUCCUGUCGUCACGAAAGCUUGAAUACCUUUCCCAGUGUUGCGUGGACAUCCUCCUUCGUGGUGGCCUUGGCUAUGUCCUUGCACUCGAGAGUUACUUCCUGCCGUCUGGUCCUUACUUCAGUCUGCUGGCCAAGGGAUUUUUCUACCUGACCGAGGGAUUUCUCCGCUGUUUUAUCAUUCGACUUCUUUAGCUCCAGCAUGAGGUCUCCCUUUUACAACCGCCUCAUUCGGUUGACGCUGUUUCCUAGAUCCCUAAGCUCUGGGUCCGACUUAACUUGCUUAAGAAUGUCGGCAUAAGUUGCUUCCCCCUUUUUGGAAAUGACGAUAACGUCUGGCUGUAUCCUGCUCCUCUCCUUCCUCUUCAUGGAGAGAACAAUGCUCCAUGCCUUCGUGCCUCGCACUUCAUGCUCUGCCUCAUUUCCAGGCAUCACAGUUACUGCCUUUCCUUUGACAUCUUUGGCUGUUAUCAAUGCCUGGUCUCGUUUUUUUGGAGAGGGGCGUUUAAUCCUUUUGGAGAUCUGUUGGGGUCCAGGUAUUUCACUCAUCCCCUCGUGGCUUCUUUUUCCAGCAUUCUCACCGAGUAACCUUUGCAGAGGAGGUAUCACCUGUGUUGCCUGGGUGACUUUUUUUCUCUGGUUUACACGCUCCUUUCUCCUCCUGGGCUCUGCCAUAUGCCAUUCUGAUACAGCUGAUCAUUGCCCUAAUAUUUUGGUGGAUGUUCUUCCUAUCCUUUAUGAACUCACAGAGCUCCAUUAUCUUCUCACCCAGUGCGGCAAAUGCUGCUCCUGGGUGGUCGUUCGCUCGCUGACAUUCGUCACACCUAUCAUCUGGUAUUAGAUGGUAGGGCAGAACUAAGGCAGCGUCUGAUGGAGUUUCCCUAUCCUCUGGUAAACGAAACUGUCAGUCAUCAGAAAUCUUUUUUGAAACCAUAAUUUUGUGGGGAAAAUUUAAUUGUGCGCCAAUCAAAAAUUUUGUCGAGGCAACCGCCAAAAAGUCUCCUGAGUUAAUUCCAGUCAAACAAGUUCAAAUCUUGCAUCCAUAUCUGUAAGUACUUCCCAAGCUAGUUGUUUACCGGAACAAGAUUAAUUUAUUGCAGAAAAUCAUAUAAUAAAUUUACUCAUUUGACUGACUAAUCACAUGCUUCGUGCAGUUAAGAACGUAAUACGUGAAAUUGAAUGUGGGGGGCUUUUAUUAGUUUAUAGCGGUUGAGUUAACGCAUCACCUUCGUAUUUGCCCGGAGAGAAUGUCAGGGUUUCUCUUUUAAUGCUAGAACUGUGUCGAAUGCAGUUCAGUUUCCGCUAAAAAGAUACAUAUACUUUUCUGUUAUCUACAGAAAAGCAUAAAUAGAUGUUUUCUAACAAUUUUGAAUGUUUAUUUUCAACCAAUCCGAUUUUUUAUGGAUAUUUCAAUCACGAGGCCUUGUUUGAUAAAAAUUUAAAAAAAAAAUGGCGCUCUUUUAAAAAUUGGGAUCUUAUCAGGUACUGCCACGUGAGUGCUGUUGUAAACGGCAUUGCCGCGAAAGUCAGCUGAUGGAUUUUACUGGUUGCAAUUGUAUGUCUUUCAUUGGAAGAAAAAAAAACGUGUAAGAAACUUUUUAUGAAGGAGCUCGUGAUGCAGAAUGAAAUCGUCGCUCCACUGAUAAAUAAAUGACAGCCAGACAGACAAUGAACCGAUUUUAAUAAGAUUUGUUUACCACGAAAUUUUAGAUGCAGAUAUUUUGAGGAAAAAGUAAAAAUUGUCCGGUAUACGACCCCUAUACCGAGAAUUUGAAAGAAUCUUUCUUUAAAUCGAUGGGGCUCACAUAAAAGCGGUUAGUUUUCAACUAAUUCAGGAAUUUUUAUUUGCCUAAUUAAAUCCGUAAGACGAAGAACCAUUAAGAGUUUGGUAAUUGCUUUUAAUUCUGAGAAGUACAUGCAUAGUUGCUUGUUCAGAUAAAACCGCCCAAAGUCCACUUCUUUCUGAGCCUCAUCACAUCUAUCUUAAAAUUUUCCCAAAUUAUGGUAGUAAUUAUCAUGAAUCUUUGUCCGGUCUUCACUUCUUGUCUUCUCCUAUGAUUCCACGCAUUCCAGAUUAUCUUAAGUCCAAAGCUGCAAACGCAUCCACAUAUAGAUACAUAUAUAUAUAUAUUUAGGUAAAUGCUUCCAAUAGUUUUAGAAUUUGUGAUAGAAGUCACUAUAUCAUAGUUGUUAGAACCUACGCAGAAGAAACAGAAAUUCUAUCAUAUCGAACUGAAAUUUAUGUCUAUUUUCUAAAGAUAAAUUAUGCAACUAUCAGAUACAAUAUAAUUGAAAACUAUUUACACUUACAAUUUAUUUAUGGAAAAUUAUUUACAAAUAAAAAUUAUCACCGAAUUAUUGUCUCGCAAAAAAAACUUGUUAUUGUAUCUUUUUGUAAUCAUCAGUUGAUGAAUUUCAGUAUUAAAUCAAUCUAUAUUUUAUGGUUUUAAUCUGUGCGUAGGAAACGCAACCUAAAGUAUUUUAUUUUAUAUUUUAAAGCUUUUCCGAUGUGAUCUGACAAAUAUAAUUAAUGUUGAUCAAUUAAUUCCAUAUUAAAUUGUUAGUUUCUAGUUAGUAUGUAUUGUCCCUUUACUUGCUUGUGUUAUUGAAAAUAAGGAAAAAAGAUUUGUUCAUUUUAGAUAUAAGUUACAAAGGACACGUUGUUCAUGGAUUUUAAAUCAAUGUUAAAUAUGUAUUUAUGAAACAAAGAUAAAAUGCAUAAGUCGAGAGUGUUGAUUGUCGAUGUAUAUAUUUUAUUUUUUGAAAGUAACAUUAAAUUUGCCUUAUUAAAAAAAGAUUUUUUAGUAACAAUUUACAACAGUACAA